AAGUCAACAUCUUCACUUUACUUGCAACUAACCACCAUCAUCACAAUGGCCACGAAAGAACCCAUCCGUCUCGGCAGCAAGGCCCAGGGUUUCGUCGCUGAUUCCAGCAAGGGCGAAAUCGACUUUGAGAAGUUCGCUGCUGAUAGCUGGGUCGUUCUCUUCUCUCACCCUCAGGACUUCACCCCUGUCUGCACCACUGAGCUAGGUGCUUUCGCCAAGCUCGAGCCCGAGUUCACCAAGCGCGGCGUCAAGUUGCUUGGCCUGUCGGCCGAUUCGACCAAGAGUCACGAGGGCUGGAUCAAGGACAUCGCCGAGGUGACUGGUGGGCAGGUUAACUUUCCCAUUAUUGCCGACUACGACCGUAAAGUCGCCAAUCUUUAUGACAUGAUCGACUACCAAGACCCCACCAAUAUCGACCACGACGAACUCCCUCUCACCAUCCGCUCCGUCUUCUUCAUCGACCCCAAAUUCAAGAUCCGCACCAUCAUUUCUUACCCUGCCUCGACUGGCCGCAACGCUUCCGAGGUCCUGCGAGUUAUCGACUCGUUGCAGGCCAGUGACAAGUACAAGAUCGCCACUCCUGUUGACUGGCUCCCUGGUCAGGAUGUUAUUGUUGCGAACAGCGUCAAGGACCCUCAGGCCAAGGAGUUGUUCCCCGACUUCCGCACCAUUAAGCAUUACCUGCGCUACACUACUCUUCCCCAGGAGGCUUGA